GAAGAGUUGAGUAAGAGUACGGUCACUUUGGCAGAAGAAAUGCUCCAUUUAAUCAUCAUCAUUAUUGGUGAACGCUUCAUGCCAGAUGUCGGUAAUUGUACUCGUGAAUUAAUGCUCAGAAGAGAAGUGUUACAUAUACUGGCCACUGGUCCGAAGCCAUUUAGCAAGAUUGAUCGUUUGAUACCAGUUUGUCCAUUAAUCGAGAAAAUGUCACUCGAGGCCGCAGUUAAAUCAGUUGGUGAUUUUAGGUUUGUUUCAAAUAUUAUUCUCAUUUCAUCUUAUAGGUGA